CAAGGGUGUGAUACGGUAAUCAAUAAAUUAAGCGAUGAAUAGUAAAUAUUAAUAUUAAAUUAUAUUUCUUUUGCUAUAUAUAUAUAUUACAUUUAUAAUCUAAUUGAAGUUAGUAGUAUUCAGAGGGAAUGGAGAAACGGAAAGUAGGAAGGCCCAGGAAGAAUGAAGAAAAAGGAAAAGUCGCCGUCAUCGGAACUUCCUCACCGGUCAACCGCCGGCCGCCAGAGUUCUUCAAGCUCUUCCUUUCUGAUCAGAGCUCUCAACAACUAGUAUUGCCAAAGGACUUCAGUAGAAAAUUUGGGGAGAAAAUGAAAGAAAGAAGCAAAAUUAAAGACUUAUGUGGGAAUGUUUGGGAUGUAUGUAUUGAAAAGAGUGAAGAUGGAGUUGUUACUUUCAUUGGAAAAGGAUGGGAAGAUUUCAUAAAAUAUCAGUCUCUAAAGAAUGGAUAUUUCUUGAUAUUCAUAUAUGAUGAUGAAAGGGACUCUUCAUUCACUGUCAAAGUAUUCAGUACAAAUGGUAGCAAGAAAUCAGUGCCUAUGACAAUACAAAAUACUAAAGGAGAAGACCAUGUCAUAGUGGUUGAGUAGUCCGUUUUCAUGUGCCUCGAUUAUAUUUCUAAGAGAUACAAUUAUGUUUCUAAGAGAUAUGUAUGCCUUUAUUCAUGUUUUUGGACUUCGUGUUAAAUUAUAUUUGAAGAGUAGUAGUGUAUGUCUGAUUAGUCGCAGCUUUGCUAAUUAUAUAUCAACAAUAUGUGUUUGACUAAAGUUUCAGCCAAAA